AUGUCGAUUGGUAUCUUCGCUAUAAUCUAUGACUGAGAGCAGUAGUAUUGUAAUUUCACUCUGUGGCAAAAUUCGGAGAUUUUGGCAAAGGGAAGCAAAUAUGCCGAAAAUUUUGUGUUUAAUUUUUGUUGGAGUGCUAGUACUUUUUGUCGUAACCCGAGCAUCUGGUGAAGAUGGCAAGAAAGGACCAAAAGUCACCGAUACAGUAUGGUUUGAUAUUCAAAUUGGAGGGGAAGCCAUUGGCCGGAUUGAAAUAGGGCUUUUCGGAAAAACUGUGCCAAAAACUGUUGAAAAUUUCAAGCAAUUGGCAACAUUACCUGUAGGUGAUGGCUACAAGGGCAGCAAAUUUCAUCGUAUAAUUAAAGAUUUUAUGAUCCAAGGAGGUGACUUCACAAAAGGAGAUGGAACUGGAGGUCGCUCCAUUUAUGGAGACCGCUUCCCUGAUGAAAACUUCAAGUUGAAGCAUUAUGGUGCUGGAUGGUUAUCUAUGGCAAACGCCGGUAAAGACACAAAUGGAUCUCAGUUCUUUAUUACAACAAAAAAAACAAGUUGGUUGGAUGGAAGACAUGUUGUUUUUGGAAAAAUAAUUAAGGGAAUGGAUAUUGUGAGAAAAAUUGAGAGUACCCCUACUGACAAUAGGGAUAAGCCUCUAAAAGAUGUGGUCAUCGCCGAUUGUGGAACUCAAGUAGUUUCAGAGCCAUUUAGUGUAGCAAAGGAAGAUGCUACUGAAUAAUUAAAUUAUUAUUUUGUGAUAAUUUUUCAUACAGGUUAACCAGUCCAGUAUAAUAUACUUUUUUUUAUAUACUU